AUGGCCCAACAACCCGUCCUCGUCCAAACCGCCUCCCUCCACGGCAAGGUCGCCCUCAUCACUGGCGCCGGCCGCGGAAUCGGCAGAGGCUGCGCCAUCGAGCUUGGCAAGCGCGGUGCCAGCGUCGUCGUCAACUACGCCUCCAGCAAAUCCGCCGCCGACGAAGUCUGCAAGAUCAUCGAAGAAUGCGGUACCGGUGCCAAAGCCAUCAGCAUCCAAGCCGACGUCUCCAAGAAAUCCGAAAUCGAGCGCCUCUUCCAGGAGACCAAGGACCACUUUGGCAAAAUUGACAUUGUCAUGUCCAACAGCGGAACCGAGUCCUGGGAUAAGACGGAAGAGAUCACAGAGGAGAAGUAUGAUCACGUCUUCAACCUCAACGCACGAGCGCAGUUCUUCGUAGGCCAGGCGGCGUGGAAGUACCUCGAGAACAACGGCCGCCUGAUCCUGAUGAGCUCGAUCGCGGCGGGAUUGCUCGGCGUGCACGAUCACGUCCUCUACAAUGCAUCGAAAAUGGCAGUGAUUGGAAUGAUCAAGGCGUUCGCUACGGAUUUCGGUGUGAGGGGUAUUACGGUUAAUGGUGUGGCGCCUGGUGGGAUUAAGAGUGAUAUGUUCACGCAGAAUGCGUGGCAUUACAUUCCUGGUGGCACGCCGGACUGGCCGGCGGAUAAGAUUGAGAACCUUAUGGCCGAGCAUUGUCCGUUGAAGAGGUGUGCUACGCCGGAGGAUGUGGCGAGGGUUGUUGGGUUCUUGGCGAGUGAGGAUGGUGGGUGGGUCAAUGGCCAAGUCAUCACCAUCUCUGGUGGUUCUUCGCAAUAA